GAUGGGUUAAGAUUCGGAUGAUAAAGAGGUAAGUAAAAGUAUUGACUUUAUAAAUUUGAAUAAGUACAAAUAUCCAUCGAAUUAUUUUACCUAAAUUACUUUUACAACGAAAAUAUAAUACCUCUUAAUCAAAUAACAACAACUUGACGUGUUUUUGCCCUUUUUUUCCAAAAAGAAGAGCUUGUGAUUCCUGGAAAGUCAGGUGGAAAGCAAAUUCAGACAAGGCGCCAGCUAAAUAAAUCAAAGUCAUACAAACAAAUACAGUACAAAAUUCCUUCAAGAUCCAAAAAAUAAUCUAAGUCAACAAAAUGGGAUUAUUCAGCCAUACCGUCGCCGGCGGCGGAUUCAUACUCAUCGGCGCUUGGGAAUCUCUUACCUCUUCCUCCGUUCCCCUCAAAAAUUCAUCACAGCCGCCCACUUCCCAAUCGCCGGCACAUCCAACGGCAGAUAAGCAUGCCCACGAUUCCGUUUUCUCCUCAUCGCUUACUUUUGUAUUAAUUAUGAUCCUUUCGUUCCUCUUCGUUCUUGAUUCUUUGUUAUCAUUCUUCGAUGCAAGAAGUUCAAAAGAUACCAUUGGUUCCGUUCUUCAAUUGCAGGUUAUUGCAAUUUCUCUUUUGUUCUUUCUCUAUUCGGUUUUGGGUCUAAUGACCCGUUUGAGAAAAUCGUUUGUUUUGCCAUCUCCGGUGCUCAAUUUGGUUUGUCUGUUCGCUUUUGUGGAGGAGUUUUUGUUGUUUUUCCUUCAAAGAAAAGACCCAAGUGGAGUGGAGAACCGUUACUAUGAUAUGAUGCUUGUACCUAUUGGAAUUUGUGCGUUUUGUUCGUUUCUUGAAUUGAAAAAUCCAAAAUGGGGGUAUACGAAAUUGGGGCGUGGGAUUGGGUUGAUUUUACAAGGGAUGUGGAUUCUGCAAAUGGGAUUUGCUUUUUUCUCUGAUUUUAUUGUACAUGGAUGUUCUUUGCAUGAAAAGAGUAGAGGGAAUUAUACAGUUAAGUGUAAAGGUCAUCCUGAGUAUCAUCGAGGUCGAGCUAUUGUUACGCUUCAGUUCAAUUGUCAUCUUGCACUUCUUGUGACUGUGAUUGCUUUUGUGUACUCAAUUGUGUGUAAAAAGAAUGGGAUUGGUCGUGAACAUAUGCAGUAUAGACCUAUCGGAGCUGAGAUGCAACAUUUGGAAAAUGCUGGUCAUGGUCAUUUCACGUUAGAUUCGGAUGAAGAUGACAAUGAGAAUGGGAUAAAAGAAGGGAGGAAUGUUGAAAUGCAAAAGGCUAUUGUGCCUGUUUCUGAAUCAGAAACUAAUGGGUAUCAUAACAGUCCUUGAGGUAAUCCAUGGUUAGAAUUUUUUGUCAUUAGGUAUAAAGAUUUAUUCUUUGCGGAGGUAGUUAUGGUUUAAAGGUUGGGGUUAUCUUUGUAUAAAGGGAAAAAAAGUUUCAGUUUUUUUGUGUUUGAUGAUAUUAGUUCAAAUUGCAAUGUUGUGUUAGAAAUCUUCUUUGAAGUGAUUUAAGUGUAUUUCCUUUGUUGUGCGUCUCUGGAAGAACUGCUCUUUGAUACUAAUGAUGAAAUAACUUUUCUUAUCA